AUGGUGUCUCUUGCUGAGCUCAGUGGACAACUUGGGAAGUUUAUUGGCCCUGAGAAGGCUGUUACUAAAGCAAUUAAUGAUGGCAUUAACAUCAUUAUUAACAGUGAUAAUGACUUCAAAAGCCUUAGAAAGUCUCCGUCUUCGGCUUCGCAGUCUGUCGCUGCCGUGUCUGCUGGGCUUAUAAAUGGUGGUGAGCUUGAGAAGGAAAUUCAGCAUUAUGAAGCACUUAAAAAGCCUCUUGAAGAUAGACAAAAUGAUAAAUUUUCUCCCCUCUCCUCUGAAGAUUCUCGCCUUUUAUCCUCUCAUCAGUCCAAGUUGGAUGCUCUUGAGAAGCUGAGUAAGCUUAAUGAGUCUUUGAAUUCUGUUAAUAAUCAACAUGAUGAUGUUUGUAAAAACCUUUUAGAUAACCUCUGCACAGGCCUCGAAAAAUUUCUCGGCUUCCAGAAUGGUAAUUACACCGGAGAAGGAAUUGUGUACUCGGACCUUGACAGGCUGUGCGACGGGGUGAUGGCGUUCUUGCACGGGGUGCUUAGUGGAGUGAAGGAUGAUGAGAGCGUUAGAACUUAUGAUAAAAAUAAUAAUCCUAAUAUUACUUCAGUUAUUUCCUUUCUUAACACUUCUGUAGGUAAAGGCCGUGAGGCCUUCGAGGAGGCCGUGCGUCAGGUAAGUUCGACGUCCAAUGUCACAAUUGAAUUAGGUAAAUAUGUUCAAGAAGUUACAAGUCAAGAGAGCAAGCCACUCAAGGAGCAACUGACCAAGUGGACCAAGACUGUCGAGGACAUUGAUACUCACAUUAACGACAACAUACUCUCUAAUGUUUCUAAAUUAGACCCCGCACUUAGCGAUAAGAUACUGCGUAAAAUUGAGCCCGUGCAAAAGGUGGUGGCGCAGUUGGGGAGGGUGGCUGGGACUGAUGCUGUCAUCCAGCAGGCCACGUAUGUGGACAGGACACUGGUCGAACAGGAGGUGCUCUUACAGAAUACGUUGAAGCAUGAUUUUGAUGUCAUAAAUGACAAAAUGGGUACACUGGGACACAGGAGGAAGAGAGGGUUUGAAAACAUUAAUAAGUGUUUGGAUUACGCUAAAAGGCUUGUUGGCCAAUACAUCGAUGCGUUUGACGAGAAGUACAAGGAAACAAUUUUGGGGAAAUUUGGUAAUAUAAAAUCCCAAAUAUUGCACGUUGAUCCCAAAAGUACGGAGGCCGGGGCCUCGGGCGAUAUGUCUAUUCUCCGGAAGGAAAUUAAGGACAUCAGGAACCAGGUGAUGGGAUUGGAACUUGUUUAUAAGACGGAGCUGAAGAGUAUUAAAGCAAAAGUGGACGGAGCUGUGAAUAGUGCUACGAGCCAUCUGUCUAAGGUUGACGAAGCUGUUAAAAGAGAUUUGGUAACGUUGAGGAGGAAUAUUGAAAAGGCGUUACAGACGUAUGUCGAGCAGUUGAAGAGCUCAGGGAUUAAUAAUUUGGGUGAGAAAGUGAAGAGUGAUUUGGAAAGGUUAAAGGACAGGGUGAUUUAUAUAUUGAAGGAAGAUGUUGGGGGAGUCAUGAAAGAAAUUAAGGACGAAGUCGGCAAAAUUAAGGGUUCCAGGAGUGGAAACACAGGCCUUGAUGGCAUUAAUAAGAAAAUAGUGGAGGAGUGGGCUGCGAAGUUUAAGACCUUUGAUGCUAUAGUUCAGGGGUGGUUAGGAGAUAAUAUUUUGGGAAAGAAUAGAACAGUGGAUGAUUGUCUUAAACAAUAUAUUCAGGACAACGAUGGCCACUUGCUGAGCGGCAUUACCACGCCAACUAAUAUGUAUGAGCAGAUUAAGAUACAGAUUACGGAGGCACUUAGAGCCGAGGAGAUUCGGAAAGCCGGUGAAAAGGUUUCAAAAAAGAUGCAGGAAUAUGGCGCUGAGAAAGUUCAAGGGAAUAUUAAAGCUGUGAAGGAAGGUUGCGAAAAUUUUGCCGGAGAUCUCCGGAAGGUUAUAGACCAGAGAGUGAAGACAAUUGUCGAAAAACUUGAGAAUGAUCCAAUAUUAGUGAUGCCCCAUCACCGCGCGAAUUACAGCCAUGAACUCUCACCGGCCAUUGAAGCUGUUCUAGUUGCACUGUGCACGUCUGCUACGGAGGCAAGCAGAGAGCUUGAGUCACUCACCGGCAGUGGCAACACGCGAAGUAUCGACAUAGGGGAGAAGCUAGAUGAAGCUCUGGCGGAUGCUACUCAGCUUGAUGGAAAACUUGAAAAGGGUAAAGGUCAUUUCGCCACUAGGCUUGACGUUAGGAUUAGGACAGGGGUUAGCACUGUGAUGGUAGCAGACACGUGGACUGGCGCCUUUGAUCUAUCUAAGAAAAUGUCCUCUUUCUACACAGCCAACCAGAAGCUUACAGAGGCCCUUAACAGCGGUAUCACGGGAAAGGUUAAAAGCAUACUGGGUGAUAAGAUUGGUGAGGCCGAUGUAAUGAAAAUAUCUUUUAGAGACGAUGACGAUGACCGAGGCGUCAUGUCGGAAUAUAAGAAGCAGACGAAUCAAAAAGGUGCAAAUGGUGCACUAACCGACGGUGCCCUCAGGGAUAAAAUAAAUCAGAUUAAGGACCAAUUUGGCAAAACGGUUACGGUGAAUGAUGAGCCGUCACUUGGAUAUAAAGUACAAGCCGAACAAAUUUCAGGUUAUUCCAAGCACCAACCAAUACUAAUGCAAGCUAUCGACUCCGCCCUUGCCAUGAUAGGGUACCUUGAGAAGACUCCCGACGAAAUUAAGAAAAAGAAAGCGGAGACAGAGGAGCUCAUCGAUAAAUUGAAGAGUAAAUUGAAAAAGCUACAGGAGCAUUUUGAAACCAUCGGAAUUGCCGUCUGUCAUGCCGAUGACGCAUUGAAACACGCCAUAGAAACACUCCGAAGCACAUUGAGCGUUGCACGAGAAAAUGCCGAACAGUCUGUACAAGCAGCCUUCAUCGCCAUUAGAAAUCAAAUUAGAGCUAUGUUCGCCGCCUCCCACGCCGCCGACCUCCAGGCCCUGCGCGCGCUCGUCGACCAGCAACUGCGGGAAGUGCAAACAAUAAUCGCGCGGGACGCAGUCACGGGCGUGAAGGGUCUUUUACAAGGUUUGAAUGGUAUGAGAUUCGGUAUAAAUAAAUAUGGCGUACCACAAUUUACGACGUCUCCAGACAAGAAUCUGCUUCAGCAAAUAAAAAAAGAAGCAGAGUCUCAUCAGUCAGAUACACCAAUUAAGGACACUUUCACAAAAUUAGCAAAAGCGUUCCACUCAUACUUCACUCCAAUUCAUACCCAUAUUGAGCGUCAGAUCAAGGAGCAACUUGAAAAGUUGCCUGACGACAAGCGUACCGAUGAGAACCUUAAUAACCUUAACGUUGCCAAAGGAAAACUUGACGAUUUACUUGAACAUCUUAAAGAAACAAAGGUUAAUGACAAUUCCAGAAAAUACAUCUUCAACAAAGAAUUCGUUGACCUACGUGACAAUCUCAUUUCCUCCCUCACCUCUCUAGCCCCUUCCCAAUUCGCAAACCUGCGGCACCCGGAACUGCUGGACGCCGUAGGAAAAGGGCUGCAGAGAUUUACCGACGAGCUCAAGAAGGCGUACGUGAAUACGUAUGAUGGAGGGGAGGAAAUCACUUGGCGGAAACAAGGCACUACAGCAACCGUGUACACUACUCAUGUCAGCUAUAAUACUGAGUUGACUGAGGAAAGCCAAAAGGGCGCUAGAGUAUUCCUCACCAUUUCAAGAAUGAUAUACGAAAAUUUGUUUAAAUUACGAGAUGAAUGCGAAGGCCGCUGGAGCGACAAAUAUAUCUGCGAAACAGAUAGCAAGGGAGAUAAUCCACUUGGAAGUUUCCUGAAAGGCUGUGGAUUCCGUGUCGCCGAAAAUGAAGCAUCCAAGAAAGGGGAGUUGAGAUUUCCCUACACCCAAUUCAAAGGCGAGGGAAUUAAAGACUUGCUACCAUAUACCCCCGCCUCCACAUCCGUCAUUCAGCUUCUCGAAACUCUUGUUCCAUACCUUAAUCAAUAUAACCAAAUAGGUCACAACAAGCAUAUUCCGUCACCCAGAGUUCCAUGUUCUAUUUACGAAAUGCUUGCGUGGUGCUGUGGUCUCCAGUUCAACAGUGUCUAUGAGUUGUUAGUAAAAUAUUGUGAUGAGUAUGACACCAAUGAUACUGAUAAAACACCAGACACCGAUUUCAAAAAUCGUCUAUCAGACGCCGUUGAUCAUGGUUUACCUAUUUUAUGUAAGUAUUCACACAACUUGCUCAUAACCAUCCUCGGCACCGGCGACGAGGAUACCCUCUACGGUGUUGAAUUAUCGAACAACUCCCUUAAUCUUAAAUAUCCCACGAGCGGUGCAGACUGUUUGCAUACAUUGCUUGAUAUAUUGCGUAAACUAUUACCGACGUUACGAUUUUUAAAGAGUAAAUGUAAACUCAGUACUCAGCACGGAGGCUGGGAGCAGUGUGAAUACGGCAAGGACAUAGCUCCGGCCAACUGGCCUUGCAAGGACCAUUCAACCAAGGAAUCAAAUUGCCAACCUAUGUGCCGACCAAAUGGUGAACCUACGUGCCAACCAAAAUCACCACUAAUGUCUUACCUAAAUGACACAUUACCCGGUCACCUUCCUCAUGAUGUCAGUGCCAUCGGUUGUAGAGCUACAUGUAACACCUGUCCCAAAUCCAAGCCCGGGCAGCCAUGUUUAACGCCUCUCGGCUUUAGAGGGUUUUCUGGCUCUACAAGGACAGGCAAAGAGCUGUGUGAAGCGCUCGGCAGAUUCUUCAGCAGUGCCAACCUUUCACCGUUAUUCUGCAUAGCCCCCAAACCACCAUCCACGCUACCAGAGCACUUCUCAUUUGCGAUUACGUUGGUUAAUGGUUGGCGUAACAUAGCCACGGACCCCUAUGAACAGCGCAUUAAGUCGUCCAUCCGUAAUGCGUCCAUAAAACUUUAUGAUAAUCCGGACGAUCUUACUAAAGCCAUCAUAGAUGCCUAUGGAUCGGCGUCGGCUGAUCAUACUGAUUGCACGCAUCAUCAUCUUACGCAUCUCACGUCAUUCGGCGUAUGUAGUCGCAAGACCAAAAAUAUAGAGUGUGUUCCAUAUGUUUCACCUCUAUGCCGUUAUUCAUAUCAUGACCUCGUCAACAAGCAUGCCAAUCUAUACCUCUCCUGGUCCAUUUACCUCCCCUGGGCAUUUUGGGAGUGUCUCAAAAAUCUAUACGAUGAGUUCUGUGACAUCUUCUGCCAGGACUGGGGAUGCCGUAGUUGUCUGCGUGGCAACAAGUGUAAGCGUGGCAAGCAUGGUGUUGUCGAGGAUGAUAAGAAAGAUGUUACUUGUCAGUGUAAAUCCAUGGUACAGUGCAAAGGCGUUUCACCAACAUUAUAUAAAUGUGGAUUAAGUUUUGGUGAAGCAUGGAAAUUAAAUGCUGAGAGUAGGCCUAGAACGUGUUCCGAUUUCUGCAGUCAGUUAAAGAAUGUAUUACAUUCUGAUUAUUUCACAAAGCUAUUCGGAAAAUGUGAUGAAUUCCUAUGGAUCAUCAGAGAACCCUUCUCCUACCUGUUGUUAGCCCUCUGGUCCCUCUCUUUGCUCUACCUGCUGCACAUCACCGUCGUCCGCCUCGACGUCCUGAGGAUACGCUCCCACCUGAGAUCACCCUCAAGCCACCGCAUCGCCGCACAGUCCCUCCUCGCCGCCGCACGCGUCAAGGCACUCGCCAACGUCAAGUACUUCUCACCAUAA